AUGCACGUUUACGUCCACAGCGCCAAUCCCUGGCUUGACGAUCACAUCAAAGCCUGCAUCAAACAACACGUCAAUGAUGCAAUCUUCUACGACGACUUCCACCAGAUCCCCGAAAACGCUGAAACAGUCUUCCAACUUCUCAAUGGCUGGGAAUUGAAUCAUCACUUCGCGGUCCUGAACAGGGCGAAGCACGGUCUUCUCAACGCGUAUCCCAACAGCGACGCUCUCGCGCGAAAGGAUCAUAUGGCCAAGGUAGUGGAUUAUUGGGUUACGAAACGGCCUGAUAGUAUCCUCAAGGGUCAUAGUCCAGCGACAGUGCAGCUGUCGCUGGAUUAUGCCGAGUAUGUGGAGGACGCGCUAGCUGCGGCUGAUGAUCUAACGUUGCUUUACUCAUUGGAGGAUAACGAGAGUAAAGACCCUUCUGAACGAGAUUGGUGGAUUCUGAAACCGGCUAUGAUUGACUGUGGUCAUGGAAUUCGAAUCUUCAGUACCAUUGAUGAGUUGGCUGAUAAUCUUGAACUCGCCGCCGAUAUCUCAGAAGAAGAAGAGGAAGAGGAGGAAGAAGUCGUGAAGGCGAAAGACGAAAGCGAUACAGACUCAGAUGGUUUUCACCCAAGUCUCUCAGCACCAGGUCUCAACUCCCUAGACGCCCUCAUCACAGCAACCGGCAAACUUUCCAUGAAGCAAGACAUAAGCGACGCCGAAAAGAUCCAAAAUCUCACCAUUGGCGAAAACGAACGUAUUCCGUCCGCUCUGCUAAGAGAAUUCGUCGCUCAACAAUACAUUGUUUCUAUCCCACCCAUUGACGGAAGAAAAUGGCACGUUCGCGCUUACGUUCUUUCUGUCGGGCGUCUAAAGGUUCAUGUCUUUAACGAGAUGCUCGCCUUGCUAGCGUUGGAUGAUUAUGAGCCACCAUGGAAGAACCCAAGUUUGAAAUCUUCUUUGACGAACACCGCUCUCCAAGACGAAGAAGAGUUCACAAGCAAAGAAUCAAUGCGGGAUUUCUGGAAGAUCGACGAUACUUUACUACCCGGGGAUUGGAAGACAAACGUGUUCAACCAAGCCUGCCAAAUCUCCUCCGAACUUCUCCUAGCCGCCGCAUCAACAAUGGCCGACAAAUUCACACCCCUAGAUAAAUGCUACGAGCUCUUUGCAAUUGAUUGUCUGGUUGAUACGAAAGGGACGGCGUGGUUGUUAGAGGUUAAUGAGACGCCUGCUUUUUAUGAGCAGGGGUAUGCGGGGGAGUUGGCGGAGAGGCUUAUGGAGAGUGUUGUUGCUGUUACGUUGGAGCAUUUGGGGGUUGGUGAGGGUAUUCAAAAUGGGGAAGCGAGGGGGAGGAUGGUGGAGGUUUUGGAUGCGGGUGAGUUGUUGGGGAAGAGUAAUAUUACGGAGAUUCUACCGGGUGCCUUAUAG